GAUUUGGACAUCGACUUAUCAAAAUUUAUACAAAGAUAAGCCGUUGUGACUUAGAAACACCAAAGCGACUUCUGUUAUCUUAUCGAACCAAAAUUACCGAAAUUACAGGUUUCUGUAAUUCUGGAAUGCCCGCAUUGAUUUAUAGGUUAUGAGAACGUGGUGUGGAAGUGUCAAAAGCAGCAUAUUUUUUACAAGAACUUAAAUAAAAACACCUAUUUUAAAACUAAAGUAGCGUUAUUACGAAGCGAUGGUGUUACUAGAAAACGACUCGUUCCUCUCAGAACUCACCAAGUUGUUCCAGAAAGCCAGACAAAGUGGUGCUGUGACAAUGAUUUUUAAGCGUUAUGAUGGGCGAGACCGUCCUAUACCCAGAGAUGGAAAAACGCCUUUACCCAACCCCCAGGAACAUAUGUGUUUAGUAAGGGCGAAGUCAAGGACUAAAAAAAUUUCCACAGUGAUUCACCAGAAAGACAUAAAUAAAUUUCAAGUAGCGUAUAGUAGUUUAUUGAAAGGCAAUUUGGAUGGACUGAAAAAGUUAAAGAAAUCCAAGACAAAGACGAAAGCUGAGUGAUCUGAGAUUAUUGGGUGUUUUUUUUACAAUUCUGGGGCAGGAACCGUGUGUACAAAACGGUUAGGAUAAGAUUUUGUGUGUGUUAUAAGUAUUUGUAAAAUUUUAAGAAUAAUAUAUUAAUUUUGUAAGAG